AGGGACAUUUCUGUCAAUUUGUUCUUUAUAUAAUCUCAGCCACCGUUCACUCCCCGAAUUUGGAAUUUGAUUCUCUCUCUCUCUGAAACCUUUUCGACUUCUUUGUGUCUUUGUUUUCGAUCUGGGUCCUGAGUUUGAGGAUUUAGCAGUUUGAGGUUGUCUUGCUUCUUAACUGGAACUGGGUUCUUUCUACUUGGUUUUUCUCUUAAUAUGUUACAGGAUUGUUGAGAGCAGCCGUGGCGAUUGGAUUGUAGACAAGAGAACAGUAUGCGGUGGUGGCUGACUCUUUCUGUUGAUGUUUUUCGAAAAGUCAUCUCUUUGAAUCUCUAUUGCAGAGUUAUUCUGUAAUUUCAUCAUCCAAUUCAUACCCUUGAUUUUCUCGUUUUUGUUUCUUCUCUACUUAGCUUCCAUGGGAUCCUCUUUUUUUGUCGUCGUUCCCUGUUAUGUUCGCCAGAUUAGCUGACUGUUAACAAAAUCACUUCAUUUCUUUGCGUUUAGCUCUCAUUUCCUUCAUUUGUAGUGUCAUAUUUGGUGCCUGGCUGUCUACUAUUGGUCUAUUGAUUUCUGUGGUAAGAUAUCUUUAGUAUCUCUGUAUCGGCUGAUAAUUCUACUCACUUUUCAUUGAGAAUCAUCGUGUUUACCAAUUACCGUUGCGGAAAUUUUCCUGUGAAAGAUUGUGUAUUGAAGGGUUGGGAAGUAGUUAUGGUGUGCCAAGCAGCUAGCCAAACAAGAUUUCGGGCAUUGAAAUAUGAACAUGGGAUUGCAGGGAGGGCCGCCAUAAUAGUUAGAAUUAUAGCAUGCUUUCAACCACUUAAGUUUUGCCAGGCUGAAUAUUUUCGUCAUUUGCUUAAACCUGUCACGUAGAUUUGUUUUACAAUUUCCGUUUACAAGUCAAGCUGGAAUUUUCUUUUUUCUUUUUUUCUAAAAUUAUUGAGAGAAGCAGCAAGUAACAGCAAUUCCUACUACAGAUAUCCUUCUUUUGGCAAUUGUUUUGGUUAGAUGGAGGAAGACUGCGGAUCCUGGUUACCUCAGCAGCAAUUUGGUUGGCAAUUGCCCAAUUUGACUUGUUCAAGUGCUCCAGUUGGUUUGGGGCUACAAAAUUCUAUUCCUACAAUCAUGAACCAUGGCACUAGUAUCGUUUUGACGAAAGGAAAAUUGCCAAGUAACACAUAUCUUGGGCUACCUCACUCUCAGGUUGUCCAAGCAAAUGAACCUCGUGCUUGGUUUUAUUGUUUGCCCCGCUUUCGACAGGCCUUUACGCCUGCUUCAAACUCUGUUUUGAAAGAGCAACUACCUGCAUGCCCUAAUGAUAAUGAGGAGGCCAUCAAACCACAGGCAGGGUCUGCGCAUAAGAGAUUUCUUGUUUUUGAUCAAUCGGGGGACCAAACAACUAUGAUAUUUAGUCCUGGGAUUGGGACUCCUAUUCAGUGCCUGGCCUCUUGGGGUCCUAGACAGCUUAAUGCUAAUAAUUUGAGUGGAGAUGAACCCAGUGGGAGAGGAGAAGCAAAGCAUCAUACUGGUCCAUAUUCAUUCAAUGAAUUGGACGAGACUAAUGGGACUGAUAUGCAUAGUGAAAUGCAUGAGGACACUGAAGAACUCGAUGCAUUGCUGUACUCUGAUGAAGAAAGUGAUUACACUGAUGAUGAUGAAGUCACUAGCACAGGCCAUUCCCCUAGUACAAUGACAACUCAUGAGAAACAAGAUUGGUUUGAAGGAAGCUCAGAAGAGGUUGCUAGCUCUGCCAGACCCACCAAAAAGCGGAAAGUUUUUGAUGGAGAUUAUGAUAAUGUACCCUCGCCAAUGGUCACUGCCAAUUCUAUGAAAUUUAGCCCACACGUAGAGACUCUGGAUGAUGCAGAAUCUAGUUGUGGCAACAGCCAGAAUGCAGGGGCUGGUGAAAUGGGUUCCCUAUCAGGCAACAAGAGGAUUCGAAAGGAUAAAAUACGAGAGACGGUUAGUAUCCUUCGAAGCAUACUUCCUGAUGGAACGGGCAAGGAUGCGAUGGUAGUUCUCAGUGAAGCCAUUGACUAUUUGAAAUCCUUGAAGCUCAAAGCCAAAACUUUUGGACUAGACAAUCUGUGAAUUGUUAAUGUUUAGGUUUAGUAUAAUACUGGUCAUUAUGAAUUCUCUUAGUUACAAGUUGCUGUUGGAGUGUCCAGAAUAAAGUCAUCGUACAUAUUAGAUGAGCUUGGGUUUGCAGGAGAUGGAGUUUCUACCAAAGAAGGAAAUUGAAAUUAAUGAAAAAGUGAAGCUUGUGAUGAAGCUGGAAAUUAGAUGAUAAUAUUUCUCUAUCCAGUCUCUAGAGAAUGGUGGCGAGUGGCUAUAUCACGUUGAAAUAAAGGGAAAUGAAUUAUUAUGCUGUCUUAGGGUUUAGAGAAAGCAACACUCACGCCUGUUUGGAGCGUGGGGGUUGGCUAGCUGUGUGAUGAGAAGAGUAGUUAUUGCUGAGGGACCCCCAGAAAAAUGACUAGUGAGCACGCCUCUGGAGUGUUUUGGGGCCCUACUUUCACUUCCUCCUCCUUUUUGUGUUUAAUAGCGCCCUGGAUGUAAAAUCUUUGAAAAAGCUGAAGGCCGGCCAGCCAGCCAGCCAGCCUGCCUGCCUGCCUGCCUCCCAUCUCUUUCUUCAUCAUUCAACUUGCGUAAGGGCCCCAAAGGUCCAUUGUUUGGUGUGGUGGGCUGGGGCUAGGGUUAAGUUUCCCUUUAUCUGCAUGUUAUUGUAAUUUGAUUGAGGAAAGACUUGUAGGUACGUUUGUUUGCGGUAAUCAAGUUCUUAUUUUAUAUGUUAAA